AACGUCACCAGGAUGACCUGACACUGCACUGCCCCAGGAGGUCCUCUGUGGCCUGUCCCAGUCUAGCGUCCCAGUCUAGCGUCCCAGCACUCGCUCCACACUAGCCUGAACCAGAGGUUCUGCCCAAAGUUCGCCCGGCUCCAGGCCUCCACCCUGCUCUGCCCUCUCCCGGUGAUGGCCUGGUUGGCCCUUUGCACAUCUUCCAUUCCCAGCUCAGAAGGGAACUUUCACACGGCCUCGCCUGCAUCCUGCCAGACGGUUUUUAUUCCAGAUGGUCACUUCCCAAGGUCCACGUGCCUCCUUGGUUAGCUGAAAACCUCCCCCAACACAAAGCACAGGGUGAGAAACGUGAAAGGCCUCCGUUUUGCUAGAGAGAUUGGUGAGCGCAGAAAGAACCUCAGGAAGCCGCGUUGGGGGGCCGGUUGGCACAAGCCGCCCUAGAGCAGUCCGAGGACCCGGAGGAGACCCAGGAAGCGGUGCGCACGUGCAGCCGGCUGUGGGGGGCCUUGCUGGAGCGGGGAGAGCUGUUCGUGGGCCCGCUGCCCCCCGAGGACGCGGUCAUGGCCGGAGCUUGGGGGCAUUCCUUGGACGGGAGCUGACCUCCCCAUUGGCAGUGCCCAGGGGAUGGCUGGGUCCACUCUGGGUCUGGAGCUGUGGUGACAGGGUCGCAGGGAGCCACGCGCAAGUACAAGGUGUGGAUGAGACACCGCUAUCACAGCUGCUGCCGCCGCCUGGUGGAGCUCCUGGCCCACCCCUCCUUCCAGGUCAAGGAGCUGGCCCUCAGCACGCUCAUGAAGUUUGUGCAGCUGGAAGGAGCACACCCCCUGGAGAAGCCCAGGUGGGAGGGCAGCUACCUGUUCCCCCGCGAGCUCUUUAAGGCGGUGGUGAGAGGCCUGCUUUCGCCCGAGGAGGACCAGCACCUACUGCUCUCCCAGUUCCGCGAGUACCUGGACCACGAUGACCUCCGCUACCACACCAUGCAGGCCGCUGCGGACGCCGUGGCCCGGGCUACUGACGGGCACCCUGAGGUGCCCCCUGCCUUCUGGGACAACACCUUCACACUGCUGUCCUCCGUGAGCCUGCCCCACCGGGACUGUGCUGUCAGCAGCUUCUACGUGAAGCGCACGGAGCCGUCGGACAAGUGGAAGGUUGCACACCUGAAGGAGCACAGGAAGGCCUUCCAGGCCAUGUGGCUCGGCUUCCUCAAGCACAAGCUGCCCCCCAGCCUGUACAAGAAGGUGCUGAUGAUCCUGCACGACUCCAUCCUGCCGCACCUGGCCCAGCCCACGCUCAUGAUCGACUUCCUCACCAGCGCCUACGACGUCGGGGGCGCCAUCAGCCUUCUGGCCUUGAAUGGACUCUUCGUCCUCAUUCACCAGCACAACCUAGAGUACCCCGACUUCUACCGGAAGCUGUACGGCCUCCUGGACCCGUCAGUCUUCCACGUGAAGUACCGGGCCCGUUUUUUCCACCUGGUUGACCUCUUCCUGUCAUCCUCCCACCUCCCCGCCUACCUGGUGGCUGCCUUUGUGAAGCGCCUGGCCCGCCUGGCCCUGACGGCGCCCCCUGAGGCCCUGCUCCUGGUGCUGCCGCUCAUCUGUAACCUGCUACGCAGACACCCCGCCUGCCGCGUGCUCGUGCACCGCCCACACAGCCCUGAGCUGGACGCUGACCCCUACGACCCUGGAGAGGAAGACCCAGCCAAGAGCCGUGCCCUGGAGAGCUCACUGUGGGAGCUGCAGGCCCUCCAGCAGCACUACCACCCUGAGGUGUCCAAGGCUGCCGGCGUCAUCAACCAGGCGCUGUCCGCCCCUGAGGUCAGCAUCGCACCUCUCCUGGAGCUCACGGCCUUCGAGCUGUUUGAGCGGGAUCUGAGGAAGGGGCCGGCGUCCGUGCCUCUGGAGUUUGUCCCGGCCCAGGGCCUCCUGGGCCGGCAGGACAGCCUCUGUACUCAGCUCUUCACGCUCUGCUGAGCCUCCCCCUGCUUCCCCAAUAAACAGUUUUGUAGGA